GAGCGGCGCGCUGGCUGCGCGCACCCCGCACACGGCGCGCUGCCACCGAGGGAGGGAGGGAGGGAGCGAGCGAGCACCAUGUGCCGGCCAGCGCUCGCCCGGCUGCUGCUCCUCCAGCUGCUGCUGCUCAAACUGCAUCUCGGCAAAGGCGCCGUCAAGGAGUGCGAGGAGAACCAGUUCCAGUGCCGGAACGAGCGGUGUAUCCCCGCCAUCUGGAAAUGCGACGAGGACGACGACUGCUCGGAUAACAGCGACGAGGCGGACUGCCCAAAGAAAACUUGUGCUGAGUCAGAUUUCACUUGUGACAACGGGCACUGCAUCCCAGCCAGGUGGAAAUGUGAUGGCGAAGAAGAAUGUCCCGACGGGUCAGAUGAAUCAGAAGCAGCAUGCACCAAACAAGUGUGUCCAUCUGAAAAAAUUAGCUGUGGAGACUUAAGCAACAAAUGCAUCCCGUCAUCCUGGAGAUGUGAUGGGCAGAAGGAUUGUGAAAGUGGUAUUGAUGAGGCUGGUUGCACUCCUGCCUGUUCUCCCAAUGAGUUCCAGUGCAGUAACAAGUCGUGCAUCUCCAUCAUCUUCGUGUGUGACGGUGACAAUGACUGCGGGGAUGGCAGCGAUGAAAGGAAGUGCUCCCCUCUGACCUGCAACCCCAACGAGUUCCAGUGCAACAACAGCGUGUGCAUCCCGGAGCUGUGGGUGUGCGACAACCAGCCCGACUGCAAGGAUCAGUCGGACGAGUCCAUGGAGAAGUGUGGAUACGACGCCAAGGCCCUCAACACAUGCGCAGCCCACGAGUUCCAGUGCGGGAAUGGCGAAUGCAUCCACCUCAACUGGAAGUGUGACGGGGAUGAGGACUGCAAGGACAAGUCUGAUGAGCAGGACUGCCCACUGGUGACCUGCCAGCCAGAUGAAUUCCAGUGUGGUGAUGGGACCUGUAUCCAUGGAGCAAAGCAGUGUGACAAGGUGCACGACUGUCCUGACAACAGUGACGAGGCCGGCUGUGUCCAAGAGUCAGCAUGUGAAAGUCCCAGCAAGUUUCAGUGUAAGAGUGGAGAGUGCAUUGACGGAGGCAAAGUGUGCGAUUCACAUAGAGACUGCAGGGACUGGUCUGACGAGCCUCUGAAAGAAUGUGGUGUUAAUGAAUGCUCGAUGAACAACGGUGGCUGCUCACACAUAUGCAAAGACUUGAAGAUCGGUUACGAGUGCGAAUGCCCGCCUGGAUACAAGCUUCUGGAUAAAAAAACGUGUGGAGACAUAGAUGAAUGUGAGAAUCCAGACGCUUGUAGCCAGAUCUGCAUUAAUUACAAGGGAGACUACAAAUGUGAGUGCUACGAAGGAUACGAGAUGGACACCCUGUCCAAGAACUGCAAAGCUGUAGGCAAGAGCCCAUACCUGAUCUUCACCAAUCGCCAUGAGGUCCGUAAGAUAGACCUGGUGAAAAGGGACUACUCCCGCAUCAUUCCCAUGCUGAAGAAUGUGGUGGCGUUGGAUGUGGAGGUGUCAACAAACAGAAUAUAUUGGUGUGAUUUGUUCUACCGAAAAAUCUACAGCGCCUACAUCGACAAAGCGAGCGACACAGCCGAGCAGGUGAUCCUGAUCGACAGCCAGCUCAACUCCCCUGAGGGACUGGCCAUUGACUGGGUCCAUAAGAACAUCUACUGGACAGACUCUGGAAACAAGACCAUCUCAGUGGCCACUGCAGAUGGAAGCAGGAGGAGGACACUUUUCAACAGUGACCUCAGUGAGCCCAGAGCCAUCGCUGUGGAUCCCACACAGAGGUUCAUGUAUUGGUCUGACUGGGGAGACAAAGCCAAGAUCGAGAAGGCCGGUCUGAACGGCGUGGGGCGGCAGGUGCUGGUCACAGAUAACAUCGAGUGGCCAAACGGCAUCACACUUGAUUUGCUGAAUCAGCGUCUCUACUGGGUAGACUCCAAAUUGCAUUCACUGUCCUGCAUUGAUUUCAAUGGCAGCAACAGAAAAGUUCUGAUCUCCUCUGUGGAUGAUCUGAGCCAUCCUUUUGGCUUGGCAGUGUUUGAGGACAGAGUGUUCUGGACUGACCUGGAGAAUGAAGCGAUCUUCAGUGCAAACAGGCUCAAUGGCUUGGACAUCUCCAUUCUGGCAGAGAAUCUCAAUAACCCUCAUGACAUCGUGGUGUUUCAUGAAUUAAAGCAGCCCAAAGCUCCAGACUCCUGUGAGCUCAGCUCCCAGCCAAAUGGAGGCUGUGACUACUUGUGUCUUCCUGCACCUCAGAUCUCUCCCCAUUCCCCCAAGUACACCUGUGCCUGUCCUGACAAUAUGUGGCUGGGUCCUGACAUGAAAAAAUGCUACAAAGCUCCUGUAGUGGUUUCCACAACCACUGCAGGCACCACGACCAUCACUGCUGUACCUGGCAGUGCCAAUGACACCACUGAAGUUGUUCCCAAAGCUGUACCAGAAGCUACAAUCACCACCCCAAGUCUUCAUUUACCUUCCACCACAUCCAUCCUGAUAGAUUCUGAGAUGACCACUGGAAACAGCAAUUUAUCACAGCACUAUGCAAAUGAUGAUGAAGGCUUCGGUUCAACUGUGACAGCAGCUGUGAUUGGAAUUGUCAUUCCUGUGGUGGUCAUUGGCUUGCUGUGCAUGGGGGGAUACCUCAUCUGGAGAAACUGGAAACGGAAGAAUACUAAAAGCAUGAAUUUUGAUAAUCCAGUUUAUAGGAAGACAACAGAAGAGGAAGAUGAAGAUGAAAUCCAUAUUGGACGAACUGCCCAAAUUGGACACGUGUACCCAGCACGUGUAGCAUUAAGCUUAGAAGAUGAUGGGUUGCCAUGAGGAUGCUGCUCCAAUCAACUGAACACAGAACAAAUCUGCUUUGGAUCACAGAACCUGCUUCUUCUUUUUGAUCGUUAUUUAUGUUGCAGAAGGGUAACCACAAAGUUAUAAUGAACUGCAAACAUCCAAAGGAUGUGAGAGUUUUGUAUGUAUAAUCUUUUAUACACAUUUUAACUUGUUGCACUACCCAUUUGUGAUAGUGAAUAAGCAACAGCUGAGCUACUAACUCAAUGUACAUAACCAGCCAGGCUGAAGGUUCAGUAGCUAUUGCUUUAUUUUAAGACUAUAUUUAUAGAUAUUUUGUAAAUAUGUUGAAUAUGCUUUGUGGCUAUCCAUCAACAUAAGUAAAAUAAAUUCUGUACAGGCAGUUUAGAAAUAUUUAUUAACAAAAUCUGGAUUAUAAGAUCUGUUCUGUAAAUAUAGUAGAGGGGUGAGAGUAUUUAUUUUUUGUAUGUUUGGCUUGCUGUGCAUAGAUUAUCUGUGUAUAUAUCUAUCUGGACAAGAUAGAUAUAUAGACAUAUAAAUAUAUACAUAUAUAUAAAAAUAUAUACAUAUAUUUUAAAACUACUAGCCUACAUUUAUGAAAAUUAGGGAUAAUUGAAUUUUUACAGGAUGUUUGAGAAGUUUGCUGUGAAAUCUAAAGACACUAUGUAAGAAAGAGCUGUAGUGUAAGAUAGCUGACCAGUGAAGCACUCCAUAAAAAACAGCUCCUGAUUUCCAUCCUGGCUCUUAAGGGCUGCUUUUACAUUUUCCAGUCUAUCCAUGAAGAAUCCAUGCAGUGCAUUUAACUGGAGAGCUAUUGCCUACAGCAUUUCAGUCAGGAGAAACUCCUACAGCACCUAGGGUUUUUGUGUUGUAUUGUUGCUUUUUUACAGCUUGGUACAAAUCUGAUUUGGUUUUUGCUUGUUUGUUUCUAAAUGUAAAUCUAAAUGCUUUUCCACACUGGCAA